AUGCCGACCAUGGAACAAUAUGUGGGUACCACAGAUCCAGAGGAUCACUUGGAAACCUUCAAGUCCUUGCUGUUCUUUCAGGGUGCCUCUGACGCAAUCAUGUGUAGAGCUUUUCUGUCCACUCUGAAAGGGGCGGCACGACAGUGGUUCUCAAGACUUCCCCCAUGCUUUCUUUCUAAUUUUACUGAUCUGGGGAGGGCUUUCUUGGCUCACUUUGUGAGUAGUAGAGUCCACAAAAAGACAGUCGUCAAUUUGCUAGCCAUAAAGCAGUGCCGCGAUGAGUCAAUCAGAGACUUUCUGACAAGAUUCAAUAAAGCAGCCUUGGAAGUACGUAAUCUGGAUCAGACGGUGAUGUUUCAAGCAUUACAUAGUGGCAUUCGAGAUGUAGAGUUAAAAAAGUCUUUGAUUAUGGAUGAACCAGGGGAUAUGUAUGAGUUAUUCUCGUGUUGCGAGAAAUACAUCAAUUUAGUUGAAGUUCUCACAGCAGAGAAGGAAGAUAAACCCGAGAAGAAAGGCCAAGAAAAGAAAGACGAGUCAGUUCGGGAAGCCGGUUCAAAGCGCAACUGA